AUGGCUGCGUCGCCGGAGGUUAUGGAUACGGGGAACUUUAUGGAUCAGUUUCUUGAUGAUUUGGGGACGCCAUUGCCGAGUUUUGAUAUGGGCUUUUCGACUGAGCAGGAUAAUGCGCAGGGACAGGAAGGGCUGCCGUCGGAUUUGUUCGAUCGGGCAGCGAUGCAGCAGGACCAGAAUGGGGUGUAUCCAGGAACCACGGAGAAGGCGAUGGACAUGACACCGACGUCUCAAAACACUGAGAGCAUAGCGACACCAGGGACGUCUUCUCAGAAAUGCUCCUGCAUCGAGUUGGUCAAUCAGCAUUUCUCCGACAUUGAGAGCUCUCUCGAGACCUUCCAGACCCUUAAAGUCUUGAAGCAGUCUCUCGCAUCAGCAAGGACGAUCCUUGAGUGCACAGUCUGCUUCCAGUCCAUCAAGAGCCCACGUACAUCACGAAACGUUUAUCUCCUGGGUUCUCUCCUAUCAAGCAUCGGCUCCUCAUACGGCGACUUUUUCUACGUACAGAAGCAGCGCACCGAGUCGUCGGUUGGUACACCAAUCCGUCUUGUAGUUGGACAACAACCAGAUGCUCGGGACGUAGGACGAGCUGUUCGAAUACAGAGUCACUGCCGACGACGAAACAUCCUACUGAGAAUCUCCAUCUUUUACGAAACCAUGGGUGCAUCUUGCUGUGGAUCUAAGGCUGAGCGUGUUAGUGCCGGCUUGGAGGACCAUGGCCAUCAGCACACCAAUCAUGGAAGCGAUUCUCCAACAAUCGAGCACGAUGGCUCUCAUGAUCAUGACCAUGACCAUGACCAUGCUCACAGUGACGGCGAUGAACACGCCCACGAGCACGGAGGAUGCUGUGAUGAUCACUCCGAUGCUUCUAGUAUGACCUCACAAGCUUCAACUUGCUGCGGCAGCGAGGAACACUGCAGUGAGAAAUGUAUCUAUGCCAUAGCGGCCAUCGAGUGCAAAAAGGCCUGCGACGAUGAUCCAGACCACGAAGGUACAGGUUCACAGGACCAGCCCCAUGAACAUGACCAUGGCCUUCACAAGACCGACACAGCCUGCGGUACUCAUCUCGAAGCUGCUUUCAACCAGUACAGCAGCUACCUCGAACAGAUUCGCUGCAUCUGCCGAAGCGCCAUCGAGCAGGGAAUGACGUCCCUCGAAACAUGCUGCAUGAGCACCCGAGCGACCCCAACCAAAAAGCAUCGAAGAAAACAUGCAAAGAAGAAUGCUGCACCUUUUAUCCCCGCUUUCAUUCCCUCUGGAACAGGCAGUAAACAGGUUGAUGUUGAGAACGCUGCGAAUCUUGAGACUGUGGGCUUUCUUGUUAGUGGUAUGGACUGUACCUCUUGUGCAGACAAGUUGCUCCGGAUUUUUGGUAGUAUGACUGGUGUUUCUAAUGCUCAAGUCAACUUUGUCAUGGGCAAAGGAGAGUUCGACGUUGAUGCAUCUAUCACCAAUGCUGAGGAGGUACUGAGCUUUGUAUCUGGUGCAAGUGGCUUUAUGCUUAGCAAGAUCAUCGGCGGGAACUACUACGUCGAUGUUUUGGCUACGACUGCGCAGAGCAAGGAUCUUAUCGAUAAUCCACCCCAAGGUGUGACGGAUGUUCAGUCGCUUGACAAGAAGACAGUCCGCCUCUCGUACGAACCCACUACAAUUGGAGCUCGAGACCUGUUGGAGUCAGUCAAAGACAAGUGCAAUGGUCUGGCUGAACCCCGUGGAGAUCCUCAACUCGAAAACAGUCGCCGUCGUCUCUGGGACCAACUCACGAAGACCCUCGUCGCCGCAGCCCUCACCAUCCCCGUCGCAGUAGUCUCAUGGAGUGAGAACCUCGUCGACAAGAAGACAGAGGGGAUCGUUUCACUGAUUCUCGGUACACUUGUCCAAUGCAUCGCUAUCCCUGAGUUCUACCGCCCUGCUAUAUCCGCUGUUUGGUACAGUCGAACUGUCGAGAUGGACAUGCUUGUCGUCAUCAGCAUCACCGCUGCUUAUGUCUACUCUGUCGUUGCGUUUAGCUUCGAGAUGGCGGGUAAACCUCUUGACGAGGGGCAAUUCUUCGAGACUAGCACCAUGCUUAUCACGCUCAUCCUCGUUGGUCGCCUCAUCGCCGCUUUCGCCCGUGUCCAAGCUGUUUCGGCUGUAUCUCUUCGCUCUAAGCAGAAUAACAUUGCUGUGCUGGUCGAGAAGGAAGGGGAUCGUGAGAUUGACGCUCGCCUUCUUCAGUAUGGAGACGUGUUCAAGGUUCUGCCUCACUCGAGAGUUCCUACGGAUGGUGUUGUGCUAUCUGGCAAGACAGAGGUUGAUGAGUCGAUGCUUACGGGAGAGACACUGCCUAUUGUUAAGCAGAAGGGUAGUGACUUGAUUGCGGGGACGGUCAAUGGAGGUGGUACCGUCACUGUUCAGUUGACGCGUCUUCCUGGGAAGAACACGGUCACAGACAUUGCUCAGCUCGUGGAAGAAGCCGCAAAGUCAAGGCCUGAGAUUCAAGACCUCGCUAACAAAGUCGCUGGCUGGUUUGUCCCCGCAAUGGCUACUGUUGCUAUAUUGGUUCUUGUCAUCUGGAUCGCCUGCAGUAUUGAGGUUCUCAACUAUGAUGCUGGAAAGAGUGUUGGCAAUGCCAUCACCUACGCAGUGGCUACUCUCGCAGUCGCUUGCCCCUGCGCUCUUGGUCUUGCAGUCCCUAUGGUUCUCGUCGUCGCUGGUGGUAUCGCAGCUCGAGGUGGUGUCAUCAUCAAAUCUGCUGAUACAACUGAGGGAGCACGCAAGACUAGCGAUGUUGUCUUUGACAAGACUGGCACGAUCACUGAGGCCGAGCUUGCUGUGACUGAGCAGGUCAAUCUUAAUGGUGACAUGGCAGAUAACCUUGCGUUGGCAAAGGCUCUUGUUUCUGGUGGCAAACAUCCCGUCUCGGCCGCCGUUGAGAAACAUCUUGAAGGACAGUCCAUCAAGGCCAUGCCCGAAGUGGUCAAUGUUCAGGUUGUCCCAGGCGCUGGAGUCGAGGCAGAUUACCUAGACUCAACUCUCAGAGCCGGGAAUGCUCGAUGGACUGGAGCUGACAAACUGGAUGAUGUGUCGCGCCUUCAGCAUGGUGGUCUCACUACUCUUGUCGUGACUCGCAACUCUGUUCCUCUUGUCGUCUUUGGCCUCUCAGCUCAGGUACGCCCAGAAGCAGUCCGAGUUAUUUCUGAGCUCAAAUCUCGCAACAUCAACGUUCACCUUGUUUCUGGAGAUCAGAUCAAAGCUGUCCACGCUGUUGCGGCAUCUGUUGGUAUCCCACCUGAGAAUGUUGUCGGUGAGCGUACUCCACCUGAAAAGAGAGACUAUGUCGCUUCUCUGAUGGAUCAGGGCAAGCAAGUCAUGUUCUGCGGUGAUGGCACGAAUGACGCCAUUGCUGUAGCUCAAGCUCACGUCGGCGCUCAAAUGGGCGGUGGUUUGACAAGCAGCGAUGUGACACAGGGUGCAGCAGAUGUCGUUCUCCUGAAUGGCCUUGAAGGCAUUCCUUUCCUUCUUGAUAUCAGCAAAGUCUCAUUCCAGCGCAUGUACUUCAACUUUGUAUGGUCUGCUGUUUACAAUAUCCUGGCGAUCACGAUGGCUAGCGGUGCUUGGGUUGAGUUCAGGAUUCCACCUCGGUAUGCUGGUUUGGGAGAGAUGGUCAGCGUGGUGCCUGUUAUCCUUGCUGCCAACUCCAUGUUCUUUGCGCGAUACUUUAAGCUCAAGGAAUGA